AUGGCUGGUAUACACUCUUUUCGGCUGCCUUUUUUUAGGGAUGACCCGGAUUCCCAUAGAUAUGUGCCAUCUCCCCGAUAUCAAAGGAUUGAGGAAUGGUGGAGUUUCUCUAAUAAAAACUGGGCUUCUUGGUGGGUGUCUUUCUUCAAGGAUAUGGCUGAUGCAGGUGAUCUAAAUUUGGCUGAUCCUCUCAUGAAGGAAUGUUUGCGGUUCUCCUUUGCAAAGGUACUUCAAAUAGGGCUUGAUGAAGCAAAGAAUAAUUGGAACAUUCAUUACAUCAGAAAAUCUAGGUUUGAGACAGUCAGUGGGAGGCCUGAUUCUCUGUAUACAAUACCAGAGUUUCAUGGUGGCGUUGAUGGCCUCAUUGUUCCUGUACAUAGCGCGGCUCUGGAUUACGGCAUGUAG